AUGAGUGAUCGGCUCGAGGGAGACGGUUUGUGGCUGUGGAAAAGCGACCCUGAUUCUGCAGUGGAGAGGGCUGAAUGGCAGGAUCUUGGGGCCGCAGUGGCCUCGGCUUCUUUGUCUCUCAACCCCGAUAGGUGGUCAUGGUUGGGCAGUGGAUCGAACGACUUCUCGGUUGCGGCUGUGAAAUAUCAUUUGGUUUCAAGGCGCGACUUCAGUAAUCGUUUUGUUAUGGAUCAAUGCAAAUGGGUUCCAAAAAAGUGCAACUUAUUCGCUUGGCGUGCAGAGAUGAACCGAGUGCCUACGGUUGAAGCGCUCGGGAAAAGGGGAGUGGUGGUAAUCGAUGACAUGUGUAACUUCUGCAACGAAGGUCUUGAUUUGGUGUCACAUAUUUUUACUGCAUGUCCGUUAGCCUUGGGAGUGUGGGAGAAAAUAAGCUUUUGGUGCAGGAUUCAAAACUUUUUUGUUUUUUCGUUCAGAGACUUAUUAGAGAUUCACAACCUGGGAGACAAAGGGAAGACGGAGAGAGAAGUGGUUCACGGCAUCAUUCUCACUACGUGUUGGGUUCUGUGGAAAGCUAGGAAUAACUUGAGGUUUAAUGGGAAAAAGAGCAGUGUGGAUGAGAUCUUUAGUGAGAUUAGAGUCGUUAGUUUUUUCUGGUUUAAACAUAGAGCCAGGAAAGGUAGUUUAGAUUGGAGGGACUGGUGUAAAUUUGUGAAUAUGUAA